UUUCAAGAUGGCGUGAGGUCAAGUUCAAACAGCCGGAGCGGCAGUCAUGAUCGGCACGAGGAGCACACGGACACGUCGGAUAGCGAGUCUUUCUCUCUGCAGGUUCGCAAGCUCAACCAGCAGCCUCAGAUCCGCAAGCCGGGGGAACGGGGCUAUGAUCCCAACAGAUACCGGCUGCACUUUGAGCGGGAAAGCAGGGAGGAAGUGGAGCGGAGGAAAAAGAUUGCCCGGGAGAAAAUCUUGGAACCAGUGCCAGAAAUCGAGACAGAGGUGGACAUAGAAGAUGUUUACAAGACUGGCUCAGUACUAGAUUUUCCUAAACGUCCCCCUUGGAAUUACCAAAUGAGCAAGGAUCAAUUGUUGGCCCGAGAGGAAAAGUGUUUCCGGGAGUAUCUUGAAAAUAUCUAUAGUACAUUCCAGCCCAGCCAGUUGAGUUACUUUGAGCACAAUCUGGAGACAUGGAGGCAGCUAUGGCGUGUCCUGGAGAUGUCAGACAUCGUGUUGCUUAUUACAGACAUUCGACACCCGGUCAUCAGCUUCUCCCCGGCCCUCUAUGAGUUUGUCACCAAGCAAAUGAAGAAAAACCUCAUCUUGGUACUGAAUAAGAUUGAUCUGGCCCCACCAGCCCUGGUGGUGGCCUGGAAGUAUUAUUUCAAGAGUCGGUUCCCCGAGAUCCACGUGAUCUAUUUCACUUCUUACCCACAGCAAGACCAAGAUCCCGGUGAAGUGUUCAAAAAACGUCGGAAGCGUCGAAAGGGCUGGAGCAUAGCUAUGGGGCCCAAUCAGCUACUCAGCUCCUGUGAGACUAUCACAGCUGGCAAAGUGGACUUGAAUAGCUGGAAGGAGAAGAUUGAGCGGGAUGCUGCCGGUGCUGGCCUGCUGCUGGAUGACUCUGAGGAAGAGGACGAAGAUGACCGAAGUAUGACCGUGCUGGUGGAGCAUCAUUCAGAUGUAGCUAUGGAGGGUGGUGGAAUCUCCCAGGAACUCUACAAAGAUGGAAUCUUGACAGUCGGCUGCAUAGGCUUUCCCAACGUGGGCAAGUCCUCCCUCAUUAACGGGCUGGUAGGCCACAAAGUGGUGAGCGUCUCCCGCACUCCCGGUCAUACUAAGUACUUCCAGACCUACUUCCUUACACCCACAGUCAAGUUGUGCGAUUGUCCGGGGCUCAUCUUCCCGUCUGUUGUUGACAGGAAACAGCAGAUAUUGGCUGGUAUCUACCCUAUUUCUCAGAUCCAGGAGCCCUAUACUUCUGUGGGGUACUUGGCUAACCGGAUUCCGGUGCAGGCCUUGCUCAAGCUGCGGCAUCCUGACGCCGAACCUGGCAAGCCUGAACCCCCUUGGUGUGCCUGGGAUGUAUGUGAAGCCUGGGCUGAGAAACGAGGUUACAAGACAGCCAAAGGAGCCCGGAAUGAUGUUUACCGAGCAGCCAACAGUCUUCUACGCCUCGCAGUCGAUGGACGGCUCUGUGUCUGUAUGCGACCUCCGGGCUACACGUCACACAAAGCCAUGUGGGAGCAUCACCCCGAAACGGCUGAGAUUGCAGCUUUGCAGGAAGCUCAUCGCCGAGAAGACAAGCAGGGCUCUGCGGAGGAAAACGAGUGGGAGGAGGAAGAGGAGGAGGACGACGAAAUCUCCAGUUCAGGAGAGGAAGAGGACGAUGAGAAAGACCGGGAUGCCGAUGAAGAAGGCGAAGAGGAGGAGCCCCCCUCGGCCCCCAAGAGUGGGCCCAGCCAGUCCGCCCCUCCCAGGAAGGGAAAGCUACCCACUCGGAACUUGUUUGCUUUGCUUGGGGAGGACGAAUGUUAGUCGCUUCCCCUGUUGGACUGAGGGACGGGUGAUAGAUUUGCCCAGCCCAACCCAGCCGCCCUCCCCCGCUGUGCAUUCCCCAGCUCUGGAGCUGCCGCUGUAUAUCAAUAAAGGUGAUGUUUAUUUC